AUGGCCAACAACCCGUGGCGAACACGACUUGGAACUAUGGCUGACCGGAAGCUGAUGGGUACCAUAGUUUGGUCAUUCACGUGUCCAGGAGUCAGCGAGGGUCGGAAGUUCUACCACUUGGGCCUAAGAACGACUAAGACUUCCAUGGCGCAAGUCAUCGAUGAUGAAGCAGAAGACGCUUACUCUUCUGGAACCCCUGUGGUUCUUUCCGAAUUGGAGAUAUGUAUAAGCGAAGACAACCUCGACGCUCUAGAUUGCCAGGAAGGGUUCACAAUCUCAAUCACUAAUGCCAGAUAUGGCUCGUCUAAUGGUUCUAUGUGUCCAUGGAUAUCCAGCUGCUUUGAAGAUACGUCUCAGAUUGUGCGACAAAGUUGUGACGGUCUGACAUCCUGCAAUGUGCUCCCGAACAAUAUAGCGUUUGGGGAUCCUUGUCCAGGAACGCUUAAGUAUCUUGGUAUCAGAUACUUAUGCAAGAAAACAAAACAGAAUGGUGUAAGGAGAAGCGUCACGUGUGAAAGUGAAACGAGCACCUUGUCAUGCCCAAUUGGCGAACGUCUUGUCAUCGUUUCCGCUAACUUUGGCCGAACUGAUUCUCUCACAUGCUUUCCCAUUUCUAUGCAUACAACAGAUUGUGUGUCCCUUACAGCUGUCGACAAAAUCAAGGAUCUUUGUCAGGGUAAACAAACCUGUCUUUUAGAUGCGUCAAACAGUGUGUUUGGUGAUCCAUGCCCAGGCGUAACCAAAUACAUAGACGUUAACUACAUAUGUGCUGUGAUACAACAGGGCAUGGCGUACCUGCCUUUAAUUGUGCUGGUGAUUUACUUUCAUCUACACCUCAGGAUAGCAGAGAAAUAUACCAGAUCUGACUUCAUUGGGGCCCUGAUCAUGGACUAUGACAGUCGGAUACCACCAAAUUUUGAGAAAAACAAUUACACUGAAGUAGAUGUCAGCCUGUUCAUUAACAGCAUUGAUUCGAUCAGUGAAAGUUCAAUGGACUUCACUCUAAACGCUUUCAUCCAACAAGAGUGGCUUGAUUUCCGUCUUCAAUUCUUUGAUGAGAUCGAUUCGCCGUAUUUGGAACUAGACGCCAAACUUAUAAACGAAGUCUGGGUUCCCGACCUGUACUUCACUAACGAGAAAUCAGCAUCCUUCCAUGACGUCACAGUCCCUAACAAGAUGAUGCACCUGUUUCCGGACGGUCGUGUGAUGUACCGGCUGAGAGUGUCAGUGACUGCUUCCUGUCCGAUGUACCUCCGGAGGUAUCCUUUUGAUACCCAAGUCUGUUCACUCUACAUUCAAAGCUUUGCCUACACUCUCGGACGACUGCGGUUUAAGUGGCGGAGUCAGGAUCCAGUGAAGUUCAAUGCCGACUUUCAGCUACCCCAGUUAACACUGACGCGACACGUGGUGACGGAUUGUACGGAGAACACGACUGAACUACAAAACUUCACGUGUAUCCAGAUGGAUCUGCACCUGACCCGUAAUCUGGGAUUUUUCAUGAUUCAGAUCUACGUGCCUACAAUCCUCAUAGUAUUGUUGUCGUGGGUCUCGUUCUGGUUGAGUAUAGACGCCGUGCCAGCUCGGGUAUCCCUAGGGAUCCUCACCGUCCUAACCAUCACCACACAGAAGACAGGCUCCGUGGCCGCCGUGCCUCCCGUGUCCUACGUUAAAGCUCUUGAUAUCUGGAUGGCUAUCUGUCUUCUCUUCGUCUUUCUUGCCUUUCUGGAAUAUCCAUUCGUGUAUGUCUUAGAGAAUCGAGGGGUACAAAUGAUACACAGAAACCCUGAUAGGUUGAGAGAAGAAGGCGGUGCUGUUUUCAAUGAACAUGUUUCAAACAGCGACGGAGACAAUCCCAGUGUGACGAUGAGACGUUCUAUUGAUGAUAUUUCAAAAGUAAUAUUUCCUCUUUUAUUUCUGAUUUUCAUCGUUUUGUACUGGAUAGCUUAUUCUAUCUAA